AUGACGAAUAUCGAUAAUUUACAAUCGAUUUGCAACGAUAAUGAGCAACGAGGUAAAAAGUCUACAACUAAAUUUUUGAUAAUAACAUCAGUUGAUGAUAAUAAUGAUAAUAAUAAUAUUCUUUCAUGUUUGAAUCAAACAAAUGGUGAAACUGUUGUUGUUAAUUUAAAUGAUAAAAACAUAAUUGAUACACAUUUAACUUAUAAUAGAAACAGCAAACCAUCUUUACCUUCAAUGGAAGAUAAAACAUUAAAUAAUGAUUCAAAAAAUAAAAUUGUUAAACGUCGUAAAGCUGAUUUGACUUGUGUCAUUUGUGAAGGUCAUGCUUCUGGUUAUAAUUUUGAUCAAAUUUCAUGUGAAUCUUGUAAAGCAUUUUUUCGUCGUAAUGCAUUACAUCCAAUAGAAAAAACAAAAUGUCUUAAUCCAAAACAUAUUUUAAAAGGAAUUCGAUGCAAUAUUCGAUAUGAUGUUAGACAAAAAUGUCAACGUUGUCGUUUACUUAAAUGUUUCGAAUCGGGUAUGCGUAAAGAUUUUAUAUUAACACCAGAACAAAAACUAUCAAAGCAACAACGUCUGGAAGAAAAUCGUCGGAUGCGUUUAGGGCAAGUUCACAGUAAUGUUAGUGAUAUACAAAGAAAAAAUACUAAUGAACCUCUCACCAUAUAUAAUAAAUAUGAACCAGUAAUAACAAUAACAUCAUCUCCGUCAUACAGUCUUACCGAAGUUGAUUGGUCUUGUUUACAAUAUAUUCGAAAUGCUUAUUUAUCAGCAUUACAAUCAAGUCCAUCAGCUUCAUCUGUUAUUUCACUUGAAUUAGCACCUGAUAAAAUGUCAGCAUAUAUGAAUACAUUAGAUAUACAAAAUUUUGCUGCUGUUAAAUUGAUUAAUUUUAUAAGACAAAUUCCAGAAUUUGAAGAACUUGAUGAAAGUGAUCGUUUAAUAUUGGUUAAAUAUAAUUUAGUUUUACUUUUUUCUAUACGUCAUGCAUUAACAUUUGAUGUAACACGUGAAAUUAUUUAUGAUGAUAAUAUGAAUAAUUCAGUUUCACCAGCUGAAGAAGCCUUUGCUCAACAUUGUAAAAGUCUAUUUAUUCUUUGCUAUGGUUAUGAAUUUAAUCGUUUAUUUAUGUCUAUUCUUCAUAUAAUUGUUAGUUUAGUUGAUAGUGAUUCCGUAAUUGCUCAAUUAUUAAUGCUUAAUAUGAUUUUUUUAAAAGGUUUAUCGGCUAUUGAUGAUCAAGAAACGUCAUUGAAUAAUAAUCAACGUGUAUUUUAUGCUCAUUCAAAAUAUACUGAUUUACUCUUUCGUUAUUUAAUUGAACGAACAUCAUUUAAUGCAGCUGUUAUCAAAAUGAUACGAAUUGUUGAAUUACUUAUUAAAAUUCAAAGAUUAUCACGAGAUUUUCAUCGAUAUAUAAAAAGUAAAAUCGAUAUAAACUAUGUAAAUCCAUUAAUGAAAUCACUUCUCCAUCUGGCAUAA